AUGCUAAUUUGUCGGAUUAUAAAAUCUGAAGUGAAGCGUUCUCGAAUAAAUUAUGAACAAGACUUAAUUAAAAAAGCUAAGCAAAAUCCAAAAUUGCUAUAUAAAUAUAUUAACAAUCAGUUUGUGGUAAAAGAUUCAAUAAAAGCUUUACUAAAAGACGAUGGACAUAUUUCACAAGAUCAAAUUGAAAUCGCUAAUAUUUUAAACAAAUGUUUUCAAGAUAUAUUUGUUAUUGAACCUGAUGGUGCCCUUCCUAAGUUUGAGUCAAGAUUUAACAAUUGUGCUACAAAUUUUUCUGAUAUAUCUCUAGACGAAAUCAAUUUUAAUGAUGUUUUGAUGAGGCUUCAAAGUCUUAACAAAAAUAAAGCCUUCGGACCUGAUAAACUCCAUCCUGCUAUGCUAAAGAAUGUUUCAGAGACGUUUGCACUUCCUUUAACAAUAAUCUUCAGAGAAUCAUUAGCUUCAAGCCAACUUCCAAUUCAAUUUAGAUCUGCAAAUAUUACUCCUCUUUUCAAAAAGAGUGAUAAGGCAGUUGCAGCUAAUUACAGACCAGUUUUCCUCACGUCAGUUGUGGGCAAAAUACUUGAAGUUGAUGUUGUUCUACUAAAUUUUGCAAAGGCCUUUGAUACAGUUCCUCAUAACAGGCUGUUACUAAAACUAAGAGCUUAUGGUAUUGAUGGAUUAGUACUGAAAUGGAUUGCAUAUUUUCUCACAAAUAGGAGACAGAAAGUAGUUAUGGGUGACAAAGUCUCUUAUUGUGUUGAAGUAUUUAGUGGUGUGCCACAGGUAAAUUCAGAUUUGUGUGUCAAAGAAAUCCAGUUGCUAAAAUUCAACAUAAACAAGUGUGUUGUCAUGCAUUAUGGCUCAAGUAAUAAAAGUUAUCCACUUUUCAUUAAUGGUAUAAAACUUCAUGAUUCUAAGUCUAAACGAGAUCUUGGAGUUAUAUUUUUAACAAAUCUUAAAUGGAAAGAUCAAGUAACUAUAGCAAUUGGAAAAGCAAAUCAAAUGCUGGGGCGAUUAAAGAAAUCGUUUGCAAGCUUCGAUUGUCAACUUAUAAAAUCUCUUUAUUUAACAUUCAUUUGUCCACUUCUUGAACUUGCAAUUCCUGUUUGGUUUCCUUAUAUGAAAGGAGAUUGUAAUGCGAUUGAGAAAAUACAACACAGAGCAACUAAAAUUGUUUCAUCAAUUAGCAAUCUCAAAUAUGAAGAUCGACUUAUUGUUUUAGGCUUAACAACCUUAACUGAAAGAAGAAAAAGGGAAGAUUUGAUAGCACUAUAA